UCUCUCAGCACAAACAAACCGGGGAGGGAGGGGGGGGGAGUCAAUAGAGAGGUAACGACGGCAAGGAGACGGCAGAGAUAAAGGAAGCAGGGGGACAGGGGAGAAGGAGAGAGAGAGACAAAAGCGCAGUUUUGAGUCGCACAGCCGAGGCCAUUCGACUCGCAGAAAAAUGUUUUCUCGAUAGCGCGAGCGCGAUCUCUCAGUGACAAGUCGCCUGCCUCCAGGCUACGGGGGGGGGGGGGGUUUCAACAACGCCGCCGAAUAUAUAAAAAUGCAUAUCUGAUAAGAAACCAGGGAGAACUGCUGCCAACGAUAACAAGAGAGAGAAAAUUGUCACCGGGACUUCUUUUUUUUUAAAACCAACGUUUAUGCGCGACAGCGGGUUGUUGUUUGUUGUUGUUGUUUAUGUCGUUAUUAUUAUUGUUGUUGUUGUUGCGAAGUGUCGCAACAAGCCCGCGCGCUCUCCAUCGCUGCGCGAUGCGCGAAUGGGAAUGCAGACGUCCCUGCUGCUGCUGCUGCUCCUCCUCAUCCCGACAAGACUGUCCCCGUGCGGAUGACACACGGAGGCUCACACGAUAGGAGAGAGGUUCGCGAUAAUAAUUAGUUGGUUUCAGCGCCUGCGCACGUAUUGCUUCGUGUUUCUGUGUGGGGGGGGGGGCGAGGUUUCCCUUCACAUUCUUCAACUUCACUUCUUGCACCCGCGCUUCUUGAAGAGGAAAACAAAAAGCACGCACGACGAACGGGUGGUCCCAGCUACAGCCAUCUGGGAUACGCGCGACAUUCUUCGACCUCUCCGUAAUCACCGGCUGCUCGGCAAGACCCCUUCGCGAUAAUCUGAAAUCAAAAUCCCCCACCAGCUCACAGUUUCACAAAGGAGCAUAGAAACGGCAAUACGACAGAAUGGCCCACACGCCGCGAUGGAUGAUCGUGGUGGCAUGUGGGGCACUGCUUUUGGCCACCCCCGACGCUGCCGCCGCCGCCACCGCCGCCGACACCGACACCCCUGCCACGGUUGACGAGACGGAGCGCCCGCCCGGCGCGGGCUGCCCUCCCAUGUGCCUGUGCGAGCUGCGCCCGUGGUUCACCCCGCAGUCCACGUACCGCGAGGCGCUCACCGUCGACUGCAACGACCAGCGGCUGGCGCGCGUGCCGCCUGGCGUGGCGGCGGACAGCGAGGUGCUGCUGCUGCAGGGCAACACCAUCACGAGCAUCGCCCGUGAGCAGCUGGCGCCGCUGCGCAACCUCACCGACCUCGACCUCUCGCAGAACAACUUCACGUCCGUGGCCGACGUGGGCCUGCUGAACGUGAGCCGCCUGCUCACGUUGCACCUCGAGGAGAACCGCGUGACGGAGCUCGCCGACGGCUGCCUGAGCAUCCUGCCGAGCCUGCAGGAGCUCUACCUCAACCACAACCGCAUCUCGUCGGUGGCACCGGACGCGUUCGCGGGCCUCGGGGGGCUGCUGCGGCUGCACCUCAACUCCAACCGGCUGCGCGCCAUCGACCGCCGCUGGUUCGAGGCGACGCCGCACCUCGAGGUCCUCAUGAUCGGCGAGAACCCCAUCGUGGGCGUGGCCCCGGCGAACUUCCGUCCGCUCGCCAACCUGCGAAGCCUGGUGCUCGCCGGCACGGGGCUGGCGCACGUGCCGGGGGAGGCGCUGCUCGGCCUGGAGAAGCUCGAGAGCCUCUCGCUGUACGACAACCUGCUGGAGGCCGUGCCCCGCGCCGCCCUGCGCCACCUUCCCGCCCUCAAGUUCCUCGACCUCAACAAGAACCCCGUGCGGCAGAUCCGCGACGGCGACUUCCGCGACAUGCUCAACCUCAAGGAGCUGGGAGUGAGCAGCAUGGCCGAGCUCGUGUCCAUCGAGCGGAUGGCGCUCGUCAACCUGCCCGUGCUCACCAAGCUGGAGGCCACCAACAACCCCAAGCUGGCGUUCGUGCACCGCGACGCCUUCGACCGCCUGCCCCGCCUCGAGAGCCUCAUGCUCAACGACGACGGGCUGGGCGCGCUGCACCGCGCCACCGUGCGCUCGCUGCGCUCCCUGCGCGAGAUCAGCCUGCACGGCAACCCGCUGCGCUGCGACUGCGUCAACCGCUGGAUGGGCGCCGGCAACCGCGGCGCCGUGCGCUUCCUCGAGCCCGAGUCCAUGCGCUGCGCGGCGCCGCCCGAGCUGGAGGGGCGCCGGGUGCGCGACGUGGCCUUCGCCGAGACGGCCGACUCCUGCCUGCCGCUCAUCGCCGCGGGCACCUUCCCUGCGCGCCUCAACGUUCCGUCGGGCGCCAGGGUGCGCCUCGCCUGCCGCGCCAUCGCGGAGCCCGAGGCCGACAUCUACUGGGUGACGCCGCGCGGCGACAAGGUGGCGCCGGCGGCCUCCAGGUCCGACGCCCCGCUCGUCAAGUACCAGCUCGGGCCCGAGGGCACGCUGGAGGUGGCGGCCAUAGCGGUGGAGGAGGCCGGGCUGUACACGUGCGUGGCGCACAACUCGGAGGGCGCCGACACACGGACCGUGGCGGUCCGGGUGGAUGGCGCCCUGCCGGCGUCCGUGGCGCGCGACGGCCUGCGCCUGGAGGUGCGGCGCAUCGACCCCCGCUCCAUCCUCGUCGCGUGGAAGUUCGGCGGAGGCCGAGGGGAAGCCGUCAGAAGCGGCGGCGGCGGCGGCGGCGGCGGCGGCGGAGCGCUGUCGUCCGACCUGCGGUGGUCGUCGGCGACCGUGCGCGUUGACAACACGCGCGUCACCUACACGGCGCGCGUGCCCCUGGGCGUGCACGAGUACAACCUCACGCACCUGCAGCCCGCCACGCCGUACGAGGUGUGCCUGUCCGUCGGCGGCGGCGGCGGCGGCGGCGCCCCGCGGCAGCGGGGCCGGUCGUCCGAGCGCUCGUGCGUCAACGUGAGCACGGCGGAGGCGGCGGCCGCGAGCGCGGCCGAGCGGGAGGCCGGCGCGGCGCUGGCGGGCGGCGCCGCGUGCCUCUUCGCCGUCGCGGGCCUGGCCGCGGCCGCGGCGGCGUGCGCGGCGCGGCGCGGGGGGGCGGGCCGCCACCGCCGCCGGCGGGCGUACGAGCCGCCGUCGCUCGGGCGGUGCGUGCACAGGGCGUCGUCCAUCCCGCUGGACGAGCUGUACCCGCCGCUCAUCGGCCUGUGGGAGCCCGACGGCGAACGGGACAAGGAGGCGCGCGAGGGCAGGGCCCCCGCGCGGGUGGACACGUCGCGGAGCGGCUUGCACGUGUGGUGAGAGCGUCGCGCCUGCGGCCGCGGCGGGGAGGUCGAGGGUCGGCGUGGAAGACGCGGCGACGCCGCUACUCGGCCGCCCCCUCCUCCCGCGAUGCCGUUCCAGCUGCCUGCCUGCCCUUCUGCCCGGCCGACUGCGUGGGCGCCAACAAGAUGCGUCAGACUCUUGUCAAAGAAGAAGAAGGGAAAUUUCGCUCCAUACAAAGUUGUCGCUCUCAACGUUCCUUGGCCGUGUUCACGUUUAUCUGGAGCCGAGUGCCCGCGGAGUUUGUGUAUGCUGGAUUUAAAAAAAAUAUAAGGAGGGCAAAACUAAAACGCUGCGCAAUCAAAAAUUAUCAUCGUAAUAAAACAAGGCUCCAUACGUAAAUCAGAAACAAUGUUAAUAUUUUAUCUCAGACCAGCACAAUUCCUUAAAAUAUUUAAAGGCUUUUUGGGCAGUUUUCUUUUCAUGAAUGUUUUUCGUUAGAAAAUAAGAAAUGAGGAGAAAAAAAAACCUACAUCAUGGAAUGAUAAAGAAACAACCUUUAUGAUUUGUGCUAAAAUUUACUGCACAUUUUCAUACAUUCGCAGCUGUUCACGUUUCCCCGAGACAGCCAUGAAACGCUUUCCUUUUUGUUACGAUCAGGUGAGACUAAAUCCCGUUACAAAGAAGCUGAUGCUGUACAACUGCUUUUUAAGUCCCUCAACAGAUCCUCCUGCCUCUCAUUAAAACACUAUUCCUCUCCGCUCCGUCCAUUACUAAGCAGUGUUGGCAAUGCCGAUACAAGCAGACCUUAGCAAUUUGUAGAUAGCGUAGUCUUAAAUGAGUAGCAAACCGUGUGUCAAGAUAGACUUUUGAGAACGAUUAGUUUUGAAGUGCAAAAACUUAAGAUGAGAUAUUUUGUACCGAUUAUCAGGCGAGGUUUCUUUUUUGCUGCUUUAGGCCGUUUUUAAUACAAAUGGUCUCUGUGAACGCG